CCCCAGCUCGGGUCCCGCUCAUCCCGUGGCUCAUCACCUGCCUGCAGCCAUGGAGAGCCAUCAGGACUUCCGGAGCAUCAAAGCAAAGUUCCAGGCCUCUCAGCUGGAGCCCAGCGACCUGCCCAAAAAACCCCCGAAGCCUGAGUUCAGUAAACUCAAGAAGUUCUCCCAGCCUGAGCUAAGCGAGCACCCCAAGAAGGCCCCGCUGCCUGAGUUUGGUGCAGUGUCCUUGAAGCCCCCGCAGCCUCAGUUCACUGACCUCCCCAAGAAGCCCCCGCCGCCUGAGUUCACUGACCUCCCCAAAAAGCCCCUGCUGCCUCAGUUCACUGACCUCCCCAAGAAGCCCCCACCGCCUGAGGUCACUGACCUCCCCAAGAAGCCCCCGCCGCCUGAGGUCACUGACCUCCCCAAGAAGCCCCCACCGCCUGAGGUCACUGACCUCCCCAAGAAGCCCCCACCGCCUGAGGUCACUGACCUCCCCAAGAAGCCCUCCAAACUGGAGUUCAGUGACCUCUCCAAGAAGUUCCCACAGCUGGAGGCCACUCCAUUUCCAAGGAAGCCCCUGCAGCCUGAGGUCGGUGAGGCCCCUUUGAAGGCCUCGCUGCCGGAGGAGCCUGGUGCGCCGGCCCGGAAACCCCUGCAGCCCGACGAACUCAGUCACCCCGCCAGACCCCGCUCCGAACCCAAAUCCGGCGCAUUCCCCAGGAAGCUCUGGCAACCCGAGGCCAGUGAGGCUACCCCGAAGUCCCCGCAGCCUGAGUUGAGUACCUUUCCCAAGAAGCCCGCGCAGCCUGAGUUCAACGUGUACCCCAAAAAGUCUCCGCAGCCUCAGGUUGGUGGCCUCCCUAAGAAGUCCGUGCCGCAGCCUGAGUUCAGCGAGGCCGCUCAGACUCCCCUCUGGAAGCCUCAGUCCAGCGAGCCGAAGCACGACUCCAGCGCCUUUCCCAAAAAGGCCUCCCAGCCUCCGCUGAGUGACUUUCCCAAGAAGCCUCCGCAGCCUGAGCUUGGGGACCUCACCAGGACCUCCUCAGAGCCCGAAGUCAGCGUGCUUCCCAAGAGGCCGCGGCCGGCCGAAUUCAAAGCGCUCUCCAAGAAGCCCCCGCAGCCCGAGCUGGGCGGCCUCCCCAGGACCUCCUCAGAGCCCGAGUUCAACUCACUACCCAGGAAGCUGCUGCAGCCGGAGCGCCGCGGGCCACCCCGCAAGUUCUCACAGCCUGAGCCCAACGCUGUCCUCAAGAGACAUCCGCAGCCUGAGUUCUUCGGUGAUCUCCCUCGAAAGCCUCCACUCCCCAGCUCCGCUUCCGAGAGCUCACUGCCUGCGGCCGUGGCCGGCUCCAGCUCCCGGCACCCGCUCAGCCCUGGGUUUGGAGUCACUGGGACACCCCGCUGGAGGUCAGGAGGCCUUGUUCACAGUGGAGGGGCCAGGCCAGGCCUCAGACCCAGCCAUCCACCCCGGCGGAGGCCUCUACCCCCUGCCAGCAGCCUGGGACCCCCUCCAGCCAAGCCCCCGCUGCCCCCGGGGCCCGUGGAUAUGCAGAGCUUUCGGAGACCCUCUGCAGCAUCCAUAGAUCUACGGAGGACCCGCUCGGCCGCUGGGCUCCACUUCCAGGACCGACAGCCUGAAGACAUCCCGCAGGUCCCAGAUGAGAUCUACGAGCUGUAUGACGACGUGGAACCCAGAGAGGACUCCAGCCCCAGCCCCAAGGGCAGAGAUGAAGCGCCCUCGGUUCAGCAAGCCGCCAGGAGGCCACCACAAGACCCAGCGCUCAGGAAGGAAAAGGAUCCCCAGCCACAGCAGUUGCCACCCAUGGACCCAAAGUUACUGAAGCAGCUGAGGAAGGCAGAGAAGGCCGAGAGGGAGUUCCGGAAGAAGUUCAAGUUUGAAGGGGAGAUCGUGGUUCACACGAAGAUGAUGAUCGACCCCAAUGCUAAGACGCGUCGCGGGGGCGGCAAGCACCUUGGGAUCCGGCGCGGGGAGAUCCUGGAGGUGAUCGAGUUCACCAGCAACGAGGAGAUGCUGUGCCGGGACCCCAAGGGCAAAUAUGGCUACGUGCCCAGAACAGCGCUUCUGCCCCUGGAGACGGAGGUGUACGAUGAUGUCGACUUCUGUGACCCCCUGGAAAACCAACCACUCCCCCUGGGACGGUAAGACCGGUAGGCGUGGGGCCAGGACAGCCAGCCAGCCCAGCGCCCGCUUACCCAGGAGCCCUGGAUCCCGGCACGGGAGAGUCACGGAGCUGCCCGGGCUUGUACCUGGCCACAUAAAG